ACAGAUACCACAUUCACAUUAGCAUUCAUCAUCAUCACAACAACAAACGUUCGUUUGGCGUUUGGAAAGAAAAUCGUCACGUUCUGAUUUGAUUUUAUUGUAUCGCUUGGAAGCACUUAAGCAGAGUAGAAAACAAGUUAAUAUUCUUCAGAGCAGUCUGCACUAACAGUAGUCCACCAUGGGCAAGAGCCGCUCACCUUCACCCCGUAGGAGGCGCAGUCGGUCUAGAGAUAGAGAUCGUGACCGCUAUGACAGAGACAGGGAUCGUGAUAGGGACCGUGAACGUGACAGAGACCGUGACCGCAGAAGGAGACGUUCUAGAGAAAGGGAUGUUGUCAGAAGAAGGACUUCAAGAUCAGCUGAUAGAGAUCGUCCUGUUCGACGCUGGUCCAGAUCAAGGUCUAGGUCAAGAUCUCCUGUCAAAGCAGAUAAACCAAAGCCUCGACCAAUCAUGCAACCUAAGAUCAUCACAGAUGCUGAUCUCGCUGGGAAGACUGAAGAUGAACAAGAGAUGCUUAAGUCAAUGGGAUUCUGCUCGUUCGAUACCACUAAAGGCAAGAAGGUUCAAGGAAAUGAAGUUGGAGCUGUUCAUGUUAUACUCAAGAGAAAAUACAGACAGUACAUGAACAGAAAAGGUGGAUUCAACAGACCUCUGGAUUUCGUUGCCUAGGUUGGUGGUGCAAUAUACUUCAGACCUAAAGUACCGAGGUAUGGCAGUGAUUGUCUUAAAUGGCUAAGGCAAAUUCAGUAUAUGCAGAAUUAAUUUAUCACCUUCUGCCACAAUUGUUCUCUUGUGAUCUGUGUCAAAAUAACUAUCUGCCUCUCCAUAGCUCAAAAAUUGGAAAAGUUAUUGAAUGUCACUGAGUUAAGUAUCAUGUCUUAUCUGUUUGUUAGGUUUCUGUUUCAUAUAUGGUCUUCAUUCUGAGUGAUAAAAGAAACAUUUUAUUUGUAUAUAUACUUCGUAAGUAAUAAAACCACAAUCUAAAACGCACAA